CAACUCCAUAUUGACUUCGCCAAGAAAGUAUGGCAAGCCUCCAACCAUAUGGACCAGUUUCCACAGAUGGUGAAGUGGAUCUCCUGGCGGGAGAAAAUGGCCCUUUACAAAAUGUUCCAGGAGUGUUGUGAGGAGGAGGAGGUAGAGGACCCAGAGGAAGAAGAGGAUGGCCGGACAGUUGAUGCUAUCAGGUCAGUGCCUGCUUCUGGUCACCAGGGAAGGAAGAGCCAUUUUGAUACAGCCAUUGUGCUUGAGACUGAGGAGGCUGAGGCAAUGAGGGUCAAAGGCACAAGGGCAGGGCACGUCAAAGUCAUUUUCACACUGCCUAAGACGCUCUCCCCAUCUCAUGGUGGCAGUCCAGCACCUUUGUGGUGGCCUCAGGGUCCUCUUGCAUAUGUGGAGUGGUAU